UUCCUAAAAAAAAACUCUAACAUCACCGUUAAGAAAAAGGUAACAGCAUUUCAUUUGAUUUCACCAUCCAUGGAAGGACCAAAAGCACAUGUACCUGUAGCUCCUGCCGCAACUCAACAAACUCUUCAAACUCCUUCAACCAAGAAGAGACCAUUCGAAUCUGAUUCCAAUUCCACUUCCAAUUACAUCAAAAUCCGUGCUCUAGUUCGUGACCUUCGUCCCCAGUUCAUCCAGGUUCUCCAAACUCCUGACUACAAAAAUUGCAGUGCAUCAAUUGAAAUUCGAGACAAGCUGAAAAUUGUGCUGAAGUUAUACAAUGAUAUGAAAGCAGAUGUAGUUUCACUAGCGAAGCAGCAGCCUCCACGUUUCAAGUCUCCGGAGCAAACUCAAGUAGAGAAAACUUUUGCUCGACCACCUGUGGUGGAAGACAGGCAGGCACUAGGGACACAUGUUGUUGGAGGAUCAGCUUUUGGCUGGAAUUUCAUCACUUUUCCAGCCAUGGAUUCUGUCUAUUAUGGUAGGACGAAGGAACAAUUUCGGUCAGGAAAAAUGACAGAGUAAUCCUUUGGUGUCAUGGCACCGCAAUCAAGGUCUUACAACAUGCGCAACCCGUCCAUUUGAAAACUUGUUCAUUCAAACAAAAGUAUAGUGUAUCAGUUUCCAUACAAAAAAUAUUAAAUUAAAUUCAGCAAGACACUAGGCACAUUUUUGGUUAUAUUUUUACUAGUAGUUGGACUUCAUCUGGAAAGCAAAUCAUGUUUUUUCAUUAAAAUUUUACUGAAAAAAAGGAUAA